AUGGAGUCCAUCCUAGUAGGCUCCAGCGACGAGGAGAACACUGCUCCCAAUGGAGCGUACGACAGGCCAACGACCGGCCGCGACCCUCGGCUACGCCCUGGCGCAUACUACGCCGGCAGACCCACAAGAGCCUGCCCAACCGGGAUCCGACAGGCUCGAGGCCGCACCCGAGCCCCGUCGCCCCCGAUGCAGCCAACCAUGCCCAGAGCGCCACCGCGCCGAGCCACGCCGCACCCAAUGUCCGAGUCGUCGGACGAGUCUCCGUCAGCCUCGCCAACUCGGCGCGCCGCGCCACCAACGACUCCACGACCCUCGGGCCGCACCCGAGCCCCGUCGCCCCCGAUGCAGCCAACUACGGCCCGAGCGCCACCGCGCCGAGCCACGCCGCACCCAAUGUCCGAGUCGUCGGACGAGUCUCCGUCAGCCUCGCCAACUCGGCGCGCCGCGCCACCAACGCCUCCACGACCCUCGGGCCGCACCCGAGCCCCGUCGCCCCCGAUGCAGCCAACUACGGCCCGAGCGCCACCGCGCCGAGCCACGCCGCACCCAAUGUCCGAGUCGUCGGACGAGUCUCCGUCAGCCUCGCCACCACGGCGCGCCGCGCCACCAACGCCUCCACGACCCUCGGGCCGCUCGGCCUCCCCGUACUACACGGACAGGACUGGACGCAGGAUCCCCUGCUCUCAAGCUCCGCCGUCGCGUCCCUACCAAGGGUAUCACUACCCGGAUGCGCCAGACCACUCCCGGUGGUUCUACAACCCGGGCCCGCCAAAUCCGGACGCGCCGGGUCACUCGCGUUGGUUCCACAACCCGCGCCCCGCUCCAGGACACCCCGACUCGACCGCUGCUGCUCCACCACCUGAAGGGCGUUACAGCCCAUGUAGCCCUCGCCAGCAGGACCCGGAGUCAGACGAGGAUGACGACGAGGAGGGAGACUCCCGAUCCCCCAGUCCAGCUGCCCCGACACGCGACGAGGACUACGUGCUGGAGGAUGCCACCGACAGCGACGCCACCCCUCUGUACUCCGGAUACCACGGGGAGGAAGCCAGCGAGCAGAGCAACGACGACGCGCAAACAAUUAGAAGCGACAGCGAGCCAGACGAUGGUGCCCCCUCGGCAGCCCACUAUCAAUGGGAAGGAGAGGAGCGGUACGGGUUCUGGCGGGGAUCGUGGAUUCAGUUAAUCCACGCCCGCUACACCUCCAUCCUCAUCGAGGCACCCUUCCGGCCAACUCCUGACCCGAUUGUCACCUUUCCCCCGUCACCGGAGAGGCUGUGUAUAAUGGCCCCGGACGAGGACUGGGAGAUGGACUUGGGAAACACCCCCGAGGUCCGCCCGCCGUCGCCAGCACUGGGGGAGGAUGCGGUCCUACCCAUCUUCCCCGGCGACCGGGCCGACGACAACGCACCACUGGCAUCAACGAGCAAACAGGCGCUCCACCUCUAA